UCUUCCUAGAGGAGGCGUUGCUUUCAUCGUCGCUGUGUGUGUAGGCUUAGUGGGUGGCUGCGGUUUAUCUCGUCGAGGAGCAGGAUGGCCCUCUUCGGAUCGCUCAUGAGGGACUUCGAGAAUGACCCCUUCUUCGGUCCAUUUGAAGGCAUGAGGCAGAUGGAGGCCAUGCUGGGCCCCAUGCUCGGAGCCUUCCCGGGACUCGGGGGCACGCGGCGUUCAGCUAGCCUUGGGCUCUUCCCAACCGACAUGUUUUCCACUAUUGACUGCCUCUCUCAGAACCCGAAUUGCCACAGCUUCUCGUCAUCUUCGGUGAUGACGAUGACGACUGAUGAGAACGGGCGACCACAGGUCUACCAGGCCACUCAGUCCACUCGCACAGCGCCAGGAGGGGUGAAGGAAACCCGCCGAUCGCUGCAGGACAGUCGGUCAGGGCUGCAGGAGCUGACCAUCGGCCACCACCUGGAUGACCGGGCACACAUUGUGGGACGCAAGCGCAAUCGCGUGACGGGAGAAGAGGACCAGAGUGUAGAGUAUGUCAACCUGGAUGAGGAAGAGGCCGAGGGCUUCAGCCGCGAGUGGCAGCAGCGGGCACAGUGCAUGAGUCGGCCACACUCCAUGUACGCUGCGCUGCCCAGUCGAGCCUUGCCAGCCCUUCCCUCCACCAGUUCCCAGCAGCCACAGCAUCGGCCUAAGCGGAGGGCCAAGUCCAAGCAGCGACCACGCCACGAGACCAGCAUGUGAAGCGGCCUCCAUGGGGUGCUGUGGGCAUUUACGAUAGCAGUCUUCAUCGCGGUGGUCACUCAGUUGGUGCACCCAAAGACUGUAGUUCCUCCCUCUCAACCCAGAAAGCAUUACUAUUAUUCUCCCACCUGCAUUAUACGUGCAUCCAUUGGCAUUGGCGAGCUGUCAUAAAUAGCCAGGUUGUUAGUAUGCAGAUUACACUGGUUGUAACUGGCACAGGAGAUAAUAAAGUUGUGGCCUCUUUUUUUUCUUUUUUU